CCUAUCGAGCUGGCCAUUGUUUACAUUCGUGACUUUUGUGGCAUUGUCUGACUUUAUCUCCCUUAUCAGCGCCGGAUUGCGGAUUACAGAGCUAGAGUCACGCUUUCCCCACCACGAUGUCGCUCUCCAUCUUCAAAGAUUUACCCGAGGAGCACCCUCGCCACCUGAUCCCCUCGCUCUGCAGGCAGUUCUACCACCUGGGAUGGGUUACCGGCACCGGCGGUGGCAUGAGCAUCAAGCACAAUGACGAGAUCUACAUAGCACCAUCGGGCGUCCAAAAGGAGCGCAUGCAGCCGGAGGAUCUGUUUGUGCAGGACAUCACCGGCAAGGACCUGCAGCUUCCGCCAGAGAUCAGGGGUCUGAAGAAGAGCCAGUGCACCCCGCUCUUUAUGCUGGCCUACCAGCACCGCGGCGCCGGAGCCGUCAUCCACACACAUUCCCAGCACGCGGUCAUGGCCACCCUGCUCUGGCCCGGCAAGACCUUCCGGUGCACCCACCUGGAGAUGAUCAAGGGAGUCUACGACGAGGCGGACAAGCGAUACCUGCGCUACGACGAGGAGCUGGUGGUGCCCAUUAUCGAGAACACGCCCUUUGAACGUGAUCUGGCGGACAGCAUGUAUGCGGCCAUGAUGGAGUAUCCAGGCUGCAGUGCCAUCCUGGUUCGCCGGCACGGUGUCUACGUUUGGGGACAGACCUGGGAGAAGGCCAAGACCAUGUCGGAGUGCUACGACUAUCUGUUCUCCAUCGCCGUGGAAAUGAAGAAAGCAGGAAUCGAUCCGGAGAAGUUCGAGAGCACUUAGAAACGUGCCUAUUAUUUUAACUGAUACAAAUACGAAGAAUAUAAAUGGAAGAAUAAAUAGAAGAGUUAUUCCAGUGACUAUUUCAAUGAUAAGAAAUAUCUGAAGAAACUUUGGAAAGCUUUUAUAAUUUAAUCUAAAUAUAAUACAGAAGGUUGAAAAACGA